AUGACAGAGGCAGAGCCGCAGGUGCCUGAGCAAGUAGUCGGUCAGUUUGCGCUCGCUGUCUUUGACGUGCUUGCCCUCUGGCCUGCUCUGCGCAUCGCAAUCCAGCAAGGCCACUUUUCGACGGCACAACAUGAAGAUGACGGAUCAGAGGAGCUACGACGGUCUCCCGUCGGACAGCAAGUCGCUCCACGAGCAUCUAUCGUCGCCUCGUCGAGUGCACCUGCCAAGGGCAGCAGAAGAACGCGCGAGCAGAUCAUCAAGCAAAAGAAAGUCGACCUCGCUGAAGAGAUUAUCGAUGCUUUCGUGACCAGUACAACAUCAGAUGCCGCACUACAGCGACCGACCAUCGUGCCCGUACCAGACAAGAGCCGCAUGCAAGCCUUCUUGAAGGAAUUCGUCGAAUACGAAUUUUCCGUGCUGCUCGACGACCAGUCUGAGCGCGCCAUCACUGCCGAAUUAAGCGAGCUAUGGCGAGAGAUCUGGCAGCGAUUCCAAGCGAACACUCUGCCCCCGGCAGUCACGACCGCUGGCAAGCUCGAAGACCUGGCGCAGAGAGCAGCCAGAGCGAGACAAGAGGAUGGCGCAGCGCGGCAAAGUCUGGCAACGCGCAUGCCGAGCGAAUACGACGGCGACUCUGACCUCAGUCCGGACGACGAGUCUUCAGACGGUGACGGAGUUUCGGACGAGGACAUGCAGAUUGACGAUGCCCCGCAGGCUCGAGCGGUGCCAAUCAUCGACGAAGAUGGCUUCACGCUCCACUUCCACGACUACAAAGCUCGGCUAUUCAAGCUAUCGGCCGAGUCAGUCUCGCCUUUGCCGCCGCUAGCGUCUGCAGCCAAAUCUGGCUUUUUCUGCUCGCUCGGCCGCCCGGCGCAGACAACAGUAAACGGUCGACAUCCGCAUCAAGACGUCUCACUGCCGACUGCAGGUUUGGCUGAGCGAGUGCGGAAUCAGCCGCCCAAGAGUAGCAGUACCGUCGGAGGGGUUCUCUAG